CUGGUUUAGUAAUAUUUUAAAUAAAGUGGUUCUCAUUUCUUCGAUCGAGCGAGGGAACCAAUGAGGGAAGCCCGAAGUCGAUUGUUGACGGACGGGUGCCUGCUGCUGAGCAGGUAGAUCGAGUCGGAAACUAGAUUUUUCUUAACAGCUGACAGGUGGACAGACUUUGGAGACCCGUGACGUAUAGAGGACGACGAGAUGGAUCCAAGGGGCCCUCCUGAGGGGGCCCCUGGCGAUCCAUUGGACAUUUCCCUGGUGUCGGAUAAGACUUCGGAUAUCGCGGAUUCCUGGUCCAUAGAUCACUCAGUUUCCUCGCCGUUGUGCGAUCAACCUAAGAAGAUGAACAACAGACUUCUGUUUUUGGCGGUCGAGUACGUGGAUGAACAGCCGAAGGAUUAUUCUCGUAUUUUUCCGGCCUAUGAACAGGUUUCCUUCUCCCCAAGAACCUCCUCUCCGUUGUCUGAUUUCGAGCACCGAGUGAGCCCCUUAGAUCCAAAUAUGAGUUCCACUGCGAGAUAUUCACCAACUCCGGUGCAAUUACCUCCAUCCCCUUUCCAAAACUCGGUUGUCGUCCUGCAAAAUCCGUCUUCCCCUAUGAUUUGCCCACCUGAGACGAAUGCUCGAGCGGGCAUUAAUUACGUGUCGCAGCUGACUGACCAGAACAAUGUACAAAGCAUACCGCAGUCUGGUACUGGCACAGAUUUCGUUGACAGAUCUACUGACGAGGAACUCGUUACCGAGGUUGAAGGGGAACUGAUCUUGGUACAAGGCUCAACCCCUGAUUUGGAACCAUCCGCUGCACCGCUCAUGUUAACAGGGAUACCGAAUACAGAUUUUGCAUUGACUAGAGAUUUUCUGGUAAUGAACGAUGAUCAAAUAAAUGCCAUGGGAUCGUUGAGGAACCAAAGUUUGGAGAUCGGCGAUGGGGAUGUCAUAACUCCUACGCAAACAAUAAAUGUUCGUGAUGCGGCGGUGUCGCCUAAAAAGGAGCCGUCACGGGUUUUUGAUGAGAUUUUAUUAGGAUCUGAAGUAGAAAAUGAGAAAGAGUGUGUCAGAAGAUCCAAGCGCAUAAAUGACAGGAAAGCAUUCUGGUGUGACGAAUGUAACAGUAUUUGCGAAAAUGCGAACGAUUGCACUUCACACAAUGUGCAUACUAUAGCGGAUCAACCAGUACCCUCGAGGGCUAUUGCAACACUGCCAGGAUCAUAUCUAUCUAUUAAUAAGUUACCAUCGUCACAAGUCUUACAAGGUGGCUUGGAGUAUGGAGUCUUUGCUAAGCGUAACAUAAGGAAGCGUACACAGUUUGGUCCUAUCGAGGGUAUCCUGUAUGUCUACGAUCAGACACCUUUUAUUAAUGUCUUGCCACUACUUUACGAAACAGCUGAUGGAAAGUUCAUGAAAGUCGACGUAUCGAAUGAACAUGCAUCAAACUGGAUGCGUUUUGUGAGGCCUGCGAUAAGCUACAAGGAGCAAAACCUGGUAAUUUGUCAGCAAAACGAUGGAAUCGUAUUUCUGACAACAAAAGAUAUUUUACCGAAGGAGGAAUUAAGGGCUGGUCCCAGUUCCGACUAUGCAAUCCGUAGAAACUUGCAAAUUCUCAAACCAGACAUAAAGGAGGAAAAAGAGGGCCUUCGUAAACAUCCAAACGGUCACAACUCUUCCAUAACCGAAAGCAAGCAAAAGAAGAAGCGCAAGGAGAUUCACAUCCCGUCCAAGAAAUUCUUUAAGAUCGUGGAUGGCCAGACUCUCCUCUACACGUGUCCACACUGUCCAAAAGUAUUUCCUCGGAGUUACAGCCUAAAACGACAUUUACUGAUCCACCCAGGUGCGAAGGCACCUCGUUACGAGUGUCCCACGUGUGGUGAGAAUUUUUUGCAUCCUUACAACCGCAGUCGCCACAUGAAAAUCUUCCAUGGUGCGGACCCGAAAGAGAAGGAGAACUCCAGGCAGAACACGAUGGAGUGGAAGUGCCGAACCUGCACCCUGGCCUUCGGGAAAGCAUCAUUGCUCAAUUUACACAGCCUAGUACAUAAGGCGGAUAGUCUGGAAGCAGGAAAGGGUCAAUCUUCCGUCUGCCCCCAGUGCGGCACCGAAUUUAAAAAGCGAAUUGAUCUUAUCAAUCACGUCUCUCAACAUGGUCGACUUCAGCUCUCGAAAGCUGGUAAAUUGAACACUCUCGCUGCAUACAAAUGCUCACGAUGCUACAAGCGAUUCGCAACCAAAGUGCGAUUACAGCAACACUGUCUAGUUCACGGAGCUGAAGAUCAGAAGCCCCUGCCCUGCGAGAUUUGCAGGAAGCGAUUCAUGAAUAACUCCGCUCUCUCCUGUCAUCUGAAGACACACAGAGCAGACAAACAGGUGUUUGAGUGUCCGAUGUGCAGGCAGUUAUUUGACCAGGUCUUGAUGCUGAAGGACCACAUCGAGACUCAUCGAAACGAUGACGAGACCUUCACUUGUCCCUACUGUCUUAGGUCCUUUGUCAAGUAUUCCGUAAUUCGCAAGCAUAUCAGGGCUCACCAUUGCGAAAGGAAGCAUACUUGUCAGUUGUGCGCGAAUCGUUUCCCCACGGUUGACAAAUUGCGCAUGCACAUGUUGCGGCACUCCGAUUAUAGAGAAUUUCAUUGCGCAAAUUGUGGGAAGCAAUUCAAAAGGAAGGAUAAAUUGAAGGAGCACAUGACUCGGAUGCACAACUCGGACAGAGCAAACCGGGAACAGGUGGCACAAACUCAGUCUGCUAAAAAAUUCGUACCAAAGGUUAAUCCAACGGAUUACAAUCGCUUCGUAUACAAGUGUCAUCGAUGUAUGGUGGGUUUCAAACGAAGAGGCAUGCUCGUCAACCACCUGGCCAAGAGGCAUCCAGACGUCCCUCCAGAAUCCGUGCCAGAGUUAAAUCUACCGAUAUUAAGACAAACGAGGGAUUACUAUUGCCAGUACUGCGACAAGGUCUACAAGAGCAGCAGCAAGAGAAAAGCUCAUAUCAUGAAGAACCAUCCUGGGGCAGCAGUGCCUCCGAGCAAUCGCCAGAAGGAGUCGGACAUUUCAGGUUUGCCGAACCCAACUUUCAGUCAGACGGUGGGCAGCAUAACGACGACUCCUCAGGGUUGUCAAUGGUGCCACAAACAGUACGCGAGUAAGGCGAAAUUGCUGCAACAUCAGCGCAAGAAGCACCCGAACCUGAUGGAGCCCGCGGACCAGGUUCCUCGUCCGAGGAAUCGUCCUCCUCAGAAUCAAAACCAGCCUCCGGCUCUCGGGGAAAACUUCCUGAUAGCCGAGUACGUCCAGCCCUGCGACCUGGAGCAGAGUUUCCUGAAGACAAAGAUAAUAAAGCUGUCGAACGACGUGGACCUGGUGACCAACGGUUACGAGAUGGUCGGUCAGCAAUUCGUGCGGAUGCGCGACAUACGUUGAAGGGACGUCGCACACGGGCCGCGGUAAAACGCGGCCCCCGCGAUGGUAAAAGUCACCGAGAUAUGAAUCUCUUGAAUUUGUGCACGGCCCGGCAGGGCUGGUACUUUUUGCCGCGGUAUAUGCAAGGGCAUGUGCAUAUUUCCGUCUCCAAGGAGCGGCGGCCACGUUGGCUCGAUGGUCGCCGCCGAGCGGGAGUUGAAACGCGGCUUGUUGGCUCAUCCCGAUGCACCGGGAAGACGCCAUUGUUGGACCGGCUUUGGAAAAUGCGUCUAGCCCUGUGCACGCUCGGAGGGAAAAGAAGAGGGGAAAAAAAGGAGGAAUUUGCUACCCUAUAUAGGCGGCCGAGGUUCUCCGGCAGCGAGGAGCAGGCGUUGACGCCAGGAAUGCGUUUUCCGAUGCACGUUGCACGCGAGUUAAGGGCUAGGCAAGUUAUGCAUUUUGUGGGGAAGGACGGGUCUCACUUCCACGAUCGCGCGGUUUCGCGGGUCCCGUGUUUCGGGAUGCCUUCGAGAUACAAUGAUCUCAGUGUUUAAAAUGAUGGAAACGAGUAGUGCACUCGAUUCAUGGGACUGCGUGCCGCGCGAGGCGUUGUACAAACUUGGGAAUAACGGCUACGAGGUGUUACAUAGUUGUGUUAACGUAGGGAAAUCAUUAUCUGCCGGAGAAUGGGAUGUUACGCGCAUUCGGGGCACGCCAAGUAGAACUUGAAGUGCCGACUUGAAGACGGAAUACCGGGAUUUAAGUAGAGGAGCCUUUGCCAAUCGCGCGCGGCUUGCCCCGUCUGCACCCGAGAUAGAUGAUUUCACUUCCUCGUAAAUGUGUGUAGUUUUGCAAUCGAACUAUCUUUAUGCUCAAGAGUACACGGCAAAUUAAUUGCAAACGAAGUCAAUGGUGAAACCAAGCAUGUGAUAUUAGAGCCGCCCCCGGCGAUUCGCGCACAAAAUGCGAGACCGGCUCUCGUGGUUUCCAAUCAAUUUGCGGGACCGUGCGUGCGUGCGUGCGUGUACUUCCUCGUACCGAGCCCGAAAGAGGAAUAGGAAAAACGGAAGAAAAGAGAUAAGAGAAAUGACAAAAAAAUAUGGAGAAGUACACCGCCGCGUCGGCGAGUAGCGCGACGCGGCGAGACGAUUUGCCGACGUAGGAAAUUAAUGACUGUGUUAGCUAGACACUUGUCCCCGUGUCUGUAUUAACGGAUUCGAUUUUCAUUUCUUCUUCCUCUUCUUUUCUCAUCAUUACUCUCUCUCUCGUGCAAAUCUUCCUAGCCGGGGUGAGGAGAAAUCCGAGGAUUUUCGCGCGUCCCGCGGCGCGCCUCCUGCGAGCGAGUUCGACUCGGCGUUUGUUAUCUAUUCUUUAUCUAUCCUAAGAAGUUUCAUUAGGGAUUCCUCGAUUGUUCUAAUAGCUCGCCCGAGGCGCGCCGUGGACGUCGCUCUUGAAACUUAGACCGAAUAAUUGUACUGCCAUCGCGAUUCAGGGUAUAACCGCGAAUUUUGCGCAACUAUCCUCGCGCGUGUUGCACGCUCUCUUUGCGUGCGUUGUUGGAGGGGGUGCGAAUUUUAAGGAAACGAAUCUUUCCUACUAAGCGGUAGACAAUUGAAUUCCGACGUUCCUCGAGGGGGCGACUGGCGUCUCUUUAAUGCGGAAGAUACAUGUAAUUAAUUGGCAUUCCCCGAUCGACUUGAAAAGUCGGAGACGAUCGUUCGUUUCUUUUUUUUUUUUUUGCGAGAUUCAAGGACCUGAAACGAAGUCACGGUGUAAUUGCCGCCGACUUUAAAUUGACUCUCCCGUUGUGUCUCUUUACUGUAUAGAGUACAAGAACGAGGGAACGAUGUUCCGAGGUAUCACCUGGAUUCUUUUGGAUUUUUUUCCCUCAUUUUACGGAAGCCUAAAUCCUAGAGACACGCAAGUGUACCCUCGACAAGUCCCCCCUGCGAUCCGCACAAAUUUUUCCGCGAGAUCUCUGUACCUCGCCGGUCUCUUUUUUCCUAAAUUCGAGACAUCUCGUCGUAGCUGCUUGGGGAUCUACGGUGCGUCUAGCAACGAGGUGUGUUUCUGUGUGUAUCCGUAAAUUUUAGAGUCCGCAAUUACAGAAUAAAAAAGACAAAAAAAAGAAGAGAAGAAAAUGGGGCGCACUAGCGCGUACGAUACAAGUAUUUGAGACUGUCUCCAUUCGACUGCCGAUUCUAUCGUGAUACGACCGAUCUGUUCGCUAAAUCUGUCCGACACGUCGCGAUUUGAAAAGUCGCGUUAAAUCGUCAUCGCCACGCUUCGCCCUGAUCCAUCCAUCUAGAUUUUAGCGACUCGGUUAAUUAACUCGCCUCUGUUCUACCGAUUGUAGUCAUCGACUCGCCGGAACGGAAUCACUGGAACAAUAAAUAUCAAGGGAAGCGUUCGGGUCCCAUUUAGUGAUCUCUAUCGAUUCACCGAACCGCAUUACACGUCCGGUUACAGUAAGAAAAUAUUCACAUCUCAUCGAGGAGGCGAACGAAACGGCGCAAAACGAUCGCAGGAUUAUUUCCGCUCGUACUGUUCGACUUAUACGUAUGUGCGUACGAUAUACACUUUAGCGAGUGCGAGGAGGAGAGGGUUUACGUUUUCCAGUAUCGCCGGCCACCUCGGCGAGUGGCGCUA